AUAUGUGCCGCGCGGCCCCCCUGUCUCCAUCCUCAGAGUGUGGGGGUCACCAAGGACCGUAAAUCCCAGCAUCCGGCCCUAUGCUUCCAGUAAAUCCAGACGUCGCCGUUACAGGUCCAGUGACCUCUAAAGACUCUUGUCUGAGAAAGAAGCCCUGAAGAGGAGGGAGAAGAAAGAACUGGAGUCAGGAAUGACUCUUUCUCGGGCACAGUUGACAUUCAAGGAUGUGGCCAUCACGUUCUCUCAGGAGGAGUGGGAAUGCCUGGACCCUGCUCAGAGGGCCUUGUACAGGGACGUGAUGUUGGAGACCUACAGGAACCUGGUCUCCCUGGAUAUCUCUCACGUACAUGUGAUCAAGAAAUUACAACUAAAUGCAAACACUGAUAGAGCAGAAGUAUUCCAAACACUGAUAUUGGGAAGACAUGAAAGGAAUAAAAUCAAGCAUUUUUACCUCAGGGAAAUCCAGGAAAAUAUACAUGACUUUGAGUCUCAGCCAAGAGAUGAGGAAAGAGAUUAUAAAGGAAUGCCUAUAAACCAUAACAAAGAGCUGACUGAUAAGAGAGAUCGACAUGGUAGAAGUGUUGCAGGAAUCAAGCCUAUUGAAAACAGGCUGGCAUUAAGCUUUCAGGAUGAACUGCGUAUUUUCAAAAGCGAAGAGAAAAUUGACGAAUUUAAUCAAGCUGACAAGAGUAUCAGCAUUAGUACCUCAUUUUCACCACUUCAAGGAACUUCUCCUACUGUCCAAACCACCAUUUCUAAUUCACAUGAGAAUGAUUUUAUGCAUCCUUCAGUACUGACACAAGACCAGAGUGCAUGCAUGGAAAGCCCUUACAAAUGUAAUCAGUGUGGCAAAACCUUUCAUCGGGGCUUAAAUCUCACUCAGCAUCAGUUGAUCCAUACAAAAGAGAAAUUAUAUAAAUGUGAUGUAUGUGAAAAAGUGUUUAGUCAAAGUUCAUACCUUGCAGCUCAUCAGAGAAUUCAUACUGGAGAGAAACCAUACAAAUGUAAUGAAUGUGGCAAGGUCUUUAGUCAGAAUUCAUACCUUGCAAAACAUCGCAGAAUUCAUACUGGAGAGAAACCUUACAAAUGUAAUGAGUGUGGCAAGGCUUUUAGUCAAAAAGGAAACCUUGCAAGUCAUCAGAGAAUUCAUACUGGAGAGAAACCUUACAAAUGUAAUGAGUGUGGUAAGGUAUUUAGUAUUAGAUCAACCCUUGUCAGUCAUCAGAUAAUUCAUACUGGAGAAAAACACUACAAAUGUAAUGAGUGUGGCAAAACCUUUUAUUUUGGCUCACACCUCAUACAACAUCAAAUCAUCCAUUCAGGAGAUAAGCCAUAUAAAUGUGAUGUAUGUGGCAAACUCUUCGGUCAAAAUUCAUACCUUUCAGUUCAUCGGAGAAUUCAUACUGGGGAGAAACCUUACGAAUGUAAAGACUGUGGCAAAAUCUUUAAUCACAGCUCAAACCUCAGGAGACAUCAGAUAAUCCAUACAGGACAGAAAUUAUGUAAAUGUGAUAUAUGUGGCAGAGUCUUUAGUUAUAAUUCAUACCUUGCAAUUCACCGGAGAGUUCAUACUGGAGAGAAACCUUACAAAUGUAGUGAGUGUGGCAAGGUCUUCAAUCGGAAUUCAAAUCUCGUAAUUCAUCAGAGAAUUCAUACUGGAGAGAAACCUUACAAAUGUAGUGAGUGUGGCAGCUGCUUUAGUCGAAAAGCAUACCUUUCAAAGCAUCAGAGUGUCCAUAGAAAAGCGAAACCUUACAAAUGUACCGAUUGUGGCAAAAUUUCAAGUUAGUGCUCACUUGUCACUAGAUAUUGGAAUAUUUAUCCUGGAGAGAAACCACUGAAAUAAUUAUGUGUGUGUUACAAGUGUAAUGAGUGUAACAAAACCUUCCUUAACAGCUCAAACCUCACUAGACAUCAGAGAAUCCACACAGGAGUGAAAGUGUAUAAGCGUGAUAUAUGUGGUAAAAUCUUUGGUCAAAAUUCACACCUUGUGGGUCAUGAGGAAAGUCAUGCUGUAGAGAAAUGUUACAAGUGUAAUGAGUGUGGCAAAACCUUUAGACGUGGCUUAUACCUCACUCAACAUCUAAUAAUCCACACAGGAGAGAAACCAUAUAAAUGUGAUGUAUGUGGCAAAGUCUUCAGUCGAAAUUCAGUCCUUGCAAAUCAUCAGAGAAUUCACACUGAAGAGAAACCAUACAGAUGUAAUGAAUGUGGAAAAACCUUUAAUCACCGCUCAAACCUCAUUAGACAUGAGAAAAUUCAUACAGGAAAGAAGUUAUAUGAAUGUGAUACGUGUAGCAAAGUCUUCAGUCAAAAUUCAAACCUUGCAGUUCAUCGGAGGGUUCAUACUGGGGAGAAACCUUAUAAAUGUAAUGAGUGUGGCAAGGUUUUUAGUCUAUAUGCAACCCUUGCAAGCCAUCAGACACUUCAUACUGGAGAGAAACCUUACAGAUGCACUGAGUGUGGAAAAACCUUUAAUUACCGCUCAAACCUCAUUAGACAUCAGAAAAUUCAUACAGGAAAGAAACCUUACAAAUGUAAUCUGUGUGGCAAAACCUUUCUUCAGGGAUCACACCUCAGUAGACAUCAGAUCAUCCAUACCAGAGAGAAAUUACAUAAAUGUGAUAUAUGUGAAAAAGUCUUUAGUCGAAAUUCAAACCUUAUGGUUCAUCAGAGAAUUCAUACUGGAGAGAAACCAUACAAAUGUAAGGAAUGUGGCAAGGUCUUUAGUCGGAAAUCAAACCUUGCAGUUCAUGAGAGAAUUCACACUGGAGAGAAACCUUACAAAUGUAGUGAGUGUGGCAAGGUCUUUAAUCAAAAACAAAUCCUUGCAAGUCAUCAGAGAAUUCAUACUGGAGAGAAACCUUACAAAUGCAAUGAGUGUGGGAAAACGUUUAGUCAGAGCUCAAAACUCAGGCGUCAUCAGAUAAUCCAUACAGCAGAGAAGUUACAUAAAUGUCAUAUAUGUUGCAAGGCCUUUAGUAGAAAUUCAGAGCUUGCAGUUCAUCAGAGAAUUCAUUCUGGAGAGAAACCUUACAAAUGUAAUGAGUGUGGCAAGAUCUUUAGUCCGAAAUCAAACCUUGCAGUUCAUAAGAGAAUUCAUACUGGAGAGAAACCUUACAAAUGUAACGAGUGCGGCAAGGUCUUUCGUCAAAAAGCCACCCUUGCAAAGCAUCAGAGAAUUCAUAAUGGAGAGAAACCUUUCAAAAAUAAUGAGUGUUGAAAAGACCUUACUGACAUCUGAACCUUCACUACACAUCAGAUAAUAAAUACAGAGGGGAAACCAUAUU